AUGAAGGAAGAGAUCGCUGCUGCCGUGUUCUUUGUGGCUCGGCUGGUGAAGAGGUAUGGGUCUCUGGACGCUGACAGCAGAGACAGGUUUGCUGCCGCUCUCACAUCCGUUCUGUUUGAAAACUACAAGAACCACUGGCACCCAAAGGCCCCCAGCAAGGGACAGGCCUACAGGUGUCUGCGUAUGAACCGUGUGCGGCUGCAGGACCCGGUGCUCCAGCAGGCCUGUGAUCGCAGUGUUGUGCAGUACCAGGACCUGGGCCUUCCCCAGGAGCUGACGGUGUGGGUCGACCCAGGAGAAGUGUCCUGCAGGUACGGAGAACACAGCGCUCCAUUCUGUGUCUCGGUGGUGGACAGUUGUCGGCGUGGAGACAGGGAGUUCUCCCGCCGUAUCCACCAGGCCGUGGAGCGGGCGAGUCACGACGUCCCCUCGGGAAGCUCCUCUGAUGAGGAAGAGGGGGGCGGAGACAACAGCAUGAGCAGCAGCAGCAGUAGCAGCGGCUUCAGCAGCCUAUCGGCUCUCUGCCCGGCUCCGAUCCCUGAACCCAAAACCAUACCGACCGUCAGCAACCCCAACAGCAUCUACCGGUUCAGUGAGUUUUCUCCUGGCGCCCCUCAGACGUGGCUGAGGGAGAAGAGGAAGGUCUUCGCUGCGGAGACGUUCCCUCCUCAUGCUCCUCCAGCUGGAAGUGCGACCUCUCAGUUCUCGGGCCCGAAAGGCUUCAAGUCCUAUCGAGCCACGUUCACCUUCACUGGGCCUCGAGUUGACAAGUACCACUGGGUCAGCAAGUCCCGAUCCUGAAGCCUUCAGCCCAGAACCGGAGUCGGGCUGCUGCUCUGGACAGGAGGGGUGAUGUCGGAUCAAAAAAGUCUUUAUUAUUCAUACAUGGUUUAACGUAAUAAUGGUUUAAUGCUAUUUAAGCAUGUUUUUAAGCUUUGACAUGUUCAGGUUUUAACUAAAUGUGUUUUUAAAGUAAGUGUGAAUAAAGUAACAUUGAACUGUCAUUGAAAAGAAAUAAAUGAGUCAGUAUCAGCUGCUUGAUAUUA